AUGAUGACAUUCAAAAUUCCUUUAUCUAUACUUCUCAUUUUUCUUUUACUCAAUAUUUUUCAAUGCUCAAGUGAAGUACUAUACAUUCCAGUCACUAAAGAUGCAUCAACUCUACAAUACAUUAUAGAAGUAGGUCAAAAAACUCCUUUAAUUCCCACAAAACUCUUACUCCAUCUUGGUGGUAAAAGCUUAUGGGUGGAUUGUACCAAUAGUACAAUUCAUACAAGUUCAACUUACAAAUCAGCUGUAUGUAAUUCUACAGAAUGCUCUAUGGCCAAAUCUUAUGGCUGUGGAGAUUGCAAAUUUAGAAGUGAAUUGCAGCUUGGAUGCAACAACAAUACUUGUUACAUUUGGGGUGAAAAUCCCAUCAAGAAAAUGUAUCAUGAUGGUUCUGAAGUUGCUGAGGAUGUAUUGACCAUUGGUUCUUCUCCUGGGGUUCUAGUCACUUCGCCGCGCUUUAUUUUCACUUGCCUUAUUGAUCCUUCUAUGCUCGAAAAACUCGCCAAUGGAGUCAAAGGAGUAGCAGGUUUUGGACAAACAACUCCAAUUACUGUUCCCAAUCAACUUGGUUCAGACCCUAGAUUUAGCAGGAAGUUUGGUAUGUGUUUGAGCUCAUCUCGUGGCGUUAUUUUCAUUGGUCCUAACCCAUAUUAUCUUUACAAUCCUAAGAAGAUCGACAUCUCCAACUCCAAGGAUCUUGCCUACACCAAACUACUUGUAAAUAAGAGAGGAUUUUUACAAACUGAUGAGUAUUAUUUCCAAAUGUCAUCCAUUCGAGUCGCGGGGCAAGACGUCCCACUAAAUAAAACAUUGCUAAUUAUAAAUAAGAAACGACAUGGAACUGAUGGGACUAGCAUCAGCACAGCUAUACCUUACACAAUUUUGCACACUACCUUUUACGAUUCUGUUAAAACUGCUUUCAUUAACGCGCUUUCUAAGAAUGUGACAAUUGUAGAGCCUCCUCCUAUGAGUCCAUUUGCAACUUGCUUUAGUUCUGAAAACAUUAAAAACACCAAUGUUGGACCAGAUGUUCCUCCUAUAGAUAUCGUCUUCUACAAACCGAGUGUGUUUUGGAGGAUUUCUGGGGCAAAUUCGAUGAUACAAGUUAGUAAGGAUGUUAUGUGUUUAGCAUUUGUGAGACAAGACCAAACAUGGUUACCAUCGAUUGUGAUAGGAGGAUAUCAAUUGGAAGAGAACCUAUUGGUGUUUGAUCUUCCAGGAAGGAAAAUAGGUUUCAGCUCCUCACUCAAGCUCAAACAAACAUCAUGCUCUCAGUACGAUAAUACUAUUAUGGACAAAGUACCAUUCUAGUAUAAUUUCCUAUUUCUUAUAGUAAUAACAAGUUUCAACUACUUUUACAU